CUUCUGGUUUCCAGGCAUAAAUACAAAGCAGAGCCGGUCUGAGGGAGAAGCGGCACAAAGGAAAGCGGAGCAGUCUUGCAGUUUCCUUUCUCAAGCUGAAGCCCAAGAGAGUCAGAGUCUAUCAAAGAGGAGCUUGGACGGCAUGCAAAGUUGUGAAAUUUCGUCAGAGAGCACUGAUGAUCCCCUUAGUAGCGGCCUACGCACUCAUCGGCAGCCUCGAAUAGUAGUGAUUGGUGCUGGCUUGGCCGGCCUUGCUGCAACUAAGGUCCUACUGAAAAACGGCUUCACAGAUGUCACCGUGCUAGAGGCGUCAGACCACAUUGGCGGUCGAGUUCUCAGUGUUCAGCAAGGAAAAGCAACUUUGGAACUUGGAGCCACGUGGAUCCAUGGAGCCAUUGGGAACCCAGUGUACCACCUGGCAGAGGACAACGGGCUGCUGGAGGACACCACAGACGAGGAGAGGAGCGUGGGACGCAUCAGCCUGUACACGAAGAAUGGCGUAUCUCACUACCAGACCAACGUCGGGAAGAGAAUCCCCAAGGACCUGGUGGAGGAGUUCAGUGACCUGUACAAUGAGGUGUACGAGCUGACUCAGGAGUUCUUCCAGAAUGGGAAGCCAGUUUGCGCCGAGAGCCAGAACAGCGUUGGCAUCUUCACGCGAGACGUGGUGCGCAAAAGGAUCACGGUGGAUCCUGAUGACUCUGAGAGCACCAAGAAGCUCAAACUGUCCAUGCUUCAACAAUACCUCAAGGUGGAGAGCUGUGAAAGCAGCUCUCCCAGUAUGGAUGAGGUGUCUCUGAGUGAGUUUGGUGAGUGGACAGAGAUCCCUGGCGCACAUUACGUCAUUCCCGAAGGUUUUAUGAAGAUUGUGGAGCUCCUGGCCCGAGACAUCCCCUCCAGCACUGUCUGCCUUAGCAAACCGAUCCGCUGCAUCCACUGGAACUUCUCAGCCCAGCGCCAGGAGGUGAUCGACAAGAGCGACGACACCAUCCGGGACAACAACCACAACGAAAACAACCACAGCUGCCGGCCUCGCCGGGACCCCGUGAAACUACGUAGCCCGAUUUUCUUGGAGUGUGAAGACGAGGAGUGGAUCAUGGCCGACCACGUGAUCGUGACGGCCUCUCUGGGUGUGCUGAAGCAGAACCAUGAAGCCAUGUUCUCCCCGUCGCUACCAGACGACAAGGUGCUCGCCAUUGAGAAGCUGGGCAUCAGCACGACCGAUAAGAUAUUCUUAGAGUUCGAAGAGCCCUUCUGGAGCCCCGAGUGCAACAGUAUUCAGUUUGUGUGGGAGGACGAGGCUCAGCUGGAACAGCCCGUUUACCCCGAGGACCUGUGGUACAAGAAGAUCUGCAGCUUUGACGUCCUCUACCCUCCUGAGCGCUAUGGCCACAUGCUGAGUGGCUGGAUCUGUGGGCAGGAGGCGCUGUACAUGGAGCGCUGUGACGACGAAACAGUGGCGGAGACCUGCACUGAGCUGCUGAGACGCUUUACAGGGAACCCUGACAUUCCAAAGCCGUGCCGCGUCCUGCGCUCCUCGUGGGGCAGUAAUCCCUACAUUCAGGGCUCCUACUCCUUCACCAGGGUGGGCUCCAGCGGUGAGGACUGUGAGAGACUGGCCAUGCCACUGCCUUAUGCCAACAGCACCAAGGCUCCGCCUCUGCAGGUCCUGUUUGCUGGAGAGGCCACACACAGGAAAUACUAUUCCACUACCCAUGGUGCUUUGCUGUCAGGACAGAGAGAAGCCACUCGCCUGGUAGAGAUGUACCAGGACCUGCACAGAGCUCAACAUACAAAGCCUAAUAUGUAAAUAAAGACAACUAAUGGUGGCUAAUGGUGAAAAAUGUUUAAAAUAAAUAUAAAACUGUGGGGUUUAAAUCUUUUUAUCUUGAUGACUGAAGUUACACUUUAAAGCAUAGCUUGGGCAUUAUUACACUGAUAAUAAAUGAAUAUUGUUUCUAAUGUACUGUAGAUUGAAAUUAUGCUAAAUCUUAUUUGGAACGUACUGUUCAAAAGUGCCAAUGGUGCUGUCAUUUUCGUAUCUUUAAUUUGUCAUUUUUUCUUUUUUUUUUAAAUCGGCUAUUUAAUGUUUAUAUUAACAGCAUUUGUAAUUUAACUUGGUUUUUGUAAGUGCCUUCUAUAUGUAACGUAAACAAUUAGAAACUUUUAACACAAUAAAAAGUCUAUUGUCAUCAA